UGGACGCACCCAAACAAAACUAAAUGGAAUCGAAACAGCUGUUGAAGGAUUGACAUCAGUAAUGCAGCAAAUCCGAGAGCAACUGGAAAGUCUCACGACAAAAGUGGCAAGAAUUGAACAGAUUAGCACAUGGUAUCAAGCGCGGAACUACUAUUACUACAAACUAUUUCACAACAAUGCCACUUACGCAGAGGCAAAGACAAAUUGUAAGAGACUUGGAGGCCAACUGGCAUCAGAGGGAUAUCGAGAUGCAGACGUUCGCAGAGAAAUCUUACCCUUGGUCAAAUCUGGAGGAUCCUCCACUUGGAUUGGUUUGAACGACAUUCAAGAGGAAAACACGUUUAUCUGGGAAGAUGGUGUAACGGCGACUGCAGGUUCUAUUCCAUGGCAUGAGGAUCAACCUAACAGCUAUGACGGUAAUCAAGAUUGCGUUGAAAUGGGGCCUAACUGGGAUUGGGAGUUGAACGAUGAAGAUUGUAGCGUCAAAUUUAAAUAUUUAUGCGAGAUUGGACCAUAA